CCUAAUCUUCGUUUACCAAUACGGGUGUCGAUGACAAAUUGGGUUGGACUGAAUGAGGUCGGCAUUGACGGUGGUGGGAUUUUCAGAGAGUUUCUGACAGAGCUGCUCCGAACUGGAUUUGAUCCAGAUAGAGGAUUUUUCAAGUAUACACAUGAUAGGUUGCUUUAUCCUAAUCCAUCAUCCAUGCAGCUAUAUCCAGAUUCGUAUUCUCAACACUUCUUCUUCCUAGGACGAGUAGUUGCGAAGCUAAUUUACGAGAAACAAAUGGCUGAAAUACGUUUUGCCGAGUUCUUCGUUGCACAGUUAUUAGGCAAGCGGCACACGGAUGUUGAUCUACAUCACAUGAAAUCAUAUGAUCCUGCAAUCUAUAAACAUCUGAAGAAUUUGCGUUGCCUGUCAGCAGAUGAGUUAGCAGCUUUGGAACUUGAUUUUAGCGUUAUUGUGGAUGACAUGGGAGAUGUUCAGACUGUAGACCUUAUUCCUGGUGGUCGAAACAUACGGGUCACGGUCGAUAAUCGUUUGGAGUACAUAAGAACAUAUGUGAACUUGUUCCUCUACAAACGGGUGAGUCUACAGUAA